CCCUGUGGGUAGUGGGGUUCAAAUUUUGGGGUCAACCUGGAAGGGUUGGGGGUGAUCCCCUCAACUCAACAACCAGGCACACAUAUCAGAGUAGGUAUGGGUGACCUCGGACGUGAGAGGGCGCGCUUAUAAAACCGAACAAUCGAAAGAGCUCCAGAAUGUCUACAUACAUCAGAGAACACCACAGGUGCAUUUUCACCACCAUUUCAUCUUCCAAGGCUCCGAAGCUCGAAUUCCGGGCACCGCUCAAGAAAACUGAUAUGAAAGAUUCUCAUUGGGCUUUGAACUCAGGAUGCUAAAUUACUCUCAAACACACAAAUCAUCAUGGCUUCUAGGUUGCGGUUACGUCUAUCAACACAGGCAAAGCCCGAAGCAGACGGAUCUGAUUCCGCAGUCUCACCAGCCCUCAAUAUGGCCAGCCUCGACACAGCAUUUCUCUAUUCCAUACCUAUCAAUCAUCAAGGUCGUUGACCACGGUGAGGAAGAUCAUGACAAGGAACAUAACCAUUGAGGUUGAUACGCACAGACCAAGGUGAUUGGAGCAUCUCUAUUAACGAGAGCACGCGAGAGGAUCCCUUUCCUAGAGCGGAAUCUAGGGAAAUGUUCCGGUACACAAGCGGUGUGUUCGGGGUGGAAAUUCGAGGUGCUUGGCGAGCCCAACUGUUUCCACCGCGUCUCCUCCCAUUCGCACGUAAAGCCGGCCAGCGUGACCCUCAAAAUCCCGUCGGACUUUCGGCUUGCUUUCUUUGCUCUUUGUAACUGACACCGGAGGGCCAACAACGACAACCGAAAACCACAUGCCGCCUGAGCUGGGGUAGCACCGGCAUUUGUAAGAGAAGCACAUGGCCCACUCGUCGCCUUCCAUACAGCCUUCGGUGCAGCUGCCUUCUCCACAGCCCCUGGACGACCAGCCAGGCCUCGAGGUCGUGCCGCACGAUAACCUCCCCGAAGUUCGACCCGAGGAAGAGCCAAAGUUCUAUCUGUCACGGGCUCAAUAUCAAAAUCAAAAGAUCGUCCUCGGCGAAGAUUAUCCCCAGGUAGUCGACGGCAACGGGGAAAUAGAGGUUGAUAGCCCAGCUUCAACAGAAAAGGGCACGCUUCCUCCUGUCAGCAAAUCCUACCAAAGGAGAAAAUGGUGGAUUAUUGGCGGUACUGCUUGUGCAGUAGUUGUCAUUGUUGUCGGCGUUACUCUAGGUGUUGUGUUAUCACUGAAAGCCCGCAACAAUGAUGGCAACGCCGCCAUAAAUGGCACGUCGGGACCAGAAACCAUCCGCCAAGGCUCAAAGCUCUCAGCAGCGGGCUGGCGCAAAGCAAAUGGUGAUGUUGAGAGGUAUCUCUUUUAUCUCGACCCUCAAGGCCAGAUCAGACGCUCGCGAAGUAUCACCGGAAAGGGCAAUUCUACCUCCACAUGGGAAGUGCUGCCAGUGCUUGACCUAGAAGCAACCAACGGCACCUCACUGGCAGCCACCAUUGCCCUCCAUGGCACAGAUUACAAUCCGCAAACUGCAUUGUUUUACGAGGCGAACAGAAAGGUCUUCGGCACCAUGUUCAAUCAAGCCAGACAACCAAACAUUCUGAUCGACAACGUUUCGGGAGGGUACAGUCGUGGUUUCGCGGACCUAGCCAUGGGUAACGCGGCUAAACUUGCGGCAUACUGGCCCUAUGUCGUGGCUCAACAUGAGACGGGUGAUAUCAUUCAAGUUGAUCACAUGUUGGGGGAUGGUCUUGUCCCCACCGAGGACUGGUAUGUCCAGAAUCUCAACAUCACCGCCUACGAGGGCUCGUCGCUAUGCAUAGUACCCACCAGUUCCAACUUCACCAAGAUCACGGAAUCCAAAGCCUAUGGUGUAGUCUACCAGAAGUCCAAUCAGGGCCUGGCUAUCCAUUACCCUGCCUUUGAGUCAGGCACGCCCGACACCGUGCAGCUCGAACGGGUUCCUGAAACAUUCCCCGAGCUCUACACAUUCCCGCCCCAGACUCCGAUGGCCGCCUUUGCCAUGCCCCGAGGCUCCAACGACAACGACAGCCUCGUGGACAUCUACCUUGUCGUCAAGAGUUACACUGGCAAAUUUGCCGUUUGGUUCAGCGAGAACUCAUCCUCUUGGAGGGAGGAAUUCCCUGCGGUUUUCCAAGAGGUUGAUGAAGAUUCGGACAUUGCAUGUUCCACCCUGGCAGUCACAAACAUGGACUGGGAAGGGAAGGAGGUCCCGCUGGAGCGUGGCGAAGUGCGGUGUUAUUUUCAGCGUAAUGGCACUGUUGUUGAAGUAGCUUUUGAGUCUUUGAUUUGGACUGAGGUUGGGGUGGUGCCGAUACCAUGA